GGUUGGCCCUGAGGCUUCUUUUCCCGCAGAGCCCUAGGAGGGAAAGAGACCACCCUCUCUUCAGGCGUGUUAAGCAGCGGGGUUGGCCUGUACUUCCUCUGGCCCUGGCUGAAGAGGGCUAGUGAAACCGUUAAGCCCAUGGCCUUGAGACCUGAGGACCCCAGUAGUGGGUUCCGGCACGGAAACGUGGUGGCCUUCAUCAACCAGAAAAUGGCCAGGCACACGAAAGGCCCCGAGUUCUACUUCGAGAAUAUAUCCUUAUCCUGGGAGGAGGUGGAAGACAAGCUCAGGGCCAUCCUGGAAGACAGCGAGGUGCCCAGCGAGGUCAAAGAGGCCUGCACCUGGGGCAGCCUGGCCUUGGGUGUGCGCUUUGCCCACAGGCAGGGGCAGUUACAAAACCGCAGGGUGCAGUGGCUGCAAGGCUUUGCCAAACUGCACAGAUCAGCUGCGCUGGUCUUGGCCUCAAACCUGACGGAACUCAAGGAACAGCAGGAGAUGGAAUGCAAUGAGGCGACCUUCCAGUUGCAGCUAACCGAGACCAGCCUUGCGGAGGUGCAGAGAGAGCGGGACAUGCUGAGAUGGAAGCUCUUCCAUGCCGAGCUGGCACCUCCCCAGGGACAGGGCCAGGCUACAGUGUUUCCAGGCCUGGCCACUGCCGGAGGGGAUUGGACAGAAGGAGCAGGUGAGCAGGAAAAGGAGGCGGUGGCUGCUGCUGGUGCUGCUGGAGGAAAAGGAGAGGAGAGCGCACAGGUGGAAGGAUGAGAAGGGGCUACACCUGGACCAGACUGAGACACAACUGAAGGAGCCCUGGAUAUUGCCCAGGAUCUGUGGACCUAGAGACUAAGAAGCUGUCAUGGCCCUGGGGCAUCUCUGCUGCAGCUAAACUUGAUUUUUAGGUUUUCUCCUGUUGGGGAUGAACAAUAAUCAGGAUUGAGGGCCAGGUUCCUGGCCUGCAGUUUCAGAAAUGUCUUUGGGUUUCUUUCUAUAUCUCUAGGGCAGGGUUUCUUAGUCUCAGUACUCUUGACAUUUGGAGCUGGAUAAUUCUUUGUUGCAGGGGGCUGUCCAGUACAUUGUAGGAUGUUUAGCAGAAUUCCUAGCCUCUACCCCUAGUUGCCAGAGCAUCCACCCCCUCAGAGUCCCAGUUGUAACAACCAAAAAUGCCUCCAGAUACUCCCACAUGUCCACUAGAGGGCAAAAUUGUCCCUGGUUGGAAAAUGAGGUACUUAGGAGCAGUCAGAACGGCAAGAAUUAGGAGAAAAAGGUCAAUGAAGCUGAGGGGCCCUCUCAGAUAGGAGCUGAAAAGUAUCCACUGGGUCUGGCAUUUACUUUGGAUCUUCCAGCAGAUCUAGGGGAGUGGCAAGGGCAGAAGCCAAACUGCGGAAGUGAGGAGUGAGUGAGGAUGAUGUGGAGUCAGUGAGGGAGGCUCUUCCUCAAGGAUUCUUGGUUGUGAAGGGAAGGAUUGAAGUGAGAAAGAGGAUUUUUUUUCUUUAAUUUUCUUUUUUUUCCUGAGACGGAGUCUUGCUCUGCUGCCCAUGCUGGAGUGCAGUGGUGCAAUCUUGGCUCACUCCAACCUCUGCCUCCCGGGUUCAAGUGAUUCUCCUGCCUCAGCUUCCUGAGUAGCUGGGACUACAGGCAUGUGCCACCACGCCCGGCUAAUUUUUGUAAUUUUAGUAGAAACCAUGUUAGCCAGGCUGGUCUCAAACUCCUGACCUCAGGCAAUCCACCUGCCUCAGCCUCCCAAGUGCUGAGAUUACAGGCAUGAGCCACCGUGCCCAGCCGGUUCUUUUGAAUAUGGGAGAAAUCUGAGCCAUGGAGAAGGAGAUAGCUGAAGAAAGCUUGAAAAUGCAAAACACUUGUGAAAGAAUGUGGUAGAUUUUGCAUACUGUAUUGGAGGCAUGGCCCCUGUAUUGUUAAAUGAAGAAAAAAUCAUAUGACAAGGUUGCUUUUGUUUUUGUAAAACAAAACCCCCCAAAGUUCUGUGAGUGUGUAUAUGAAUGUUACAAAUUUAUGUAUUUAUGUUUGUCUUACGUUACAGUUUUAUGUUUGUGUAAGCAUAGAAAAUGAUCUGGAAAUAUAUUUAGCAAACAAGGUACCUGGGGUGGGGGUGGGCUCAGGGUCAGGGGAUAGGAGGCAGCAGGGUAUGGGGAUAUAGGGUGGGAUGGGGUAUGGGACAGCUGGGUGGAGGGCUUUUCUUUCUUUAUAUACUUCUGUGUUAUGAAAGUAAAAUAAUUAUUCAC